AUGACAAGAUACUAUUGUGAAUACUGUCACUCAUAUUUGACUCAUGACACGCUGAGCGUUCGCAAAUCGCAUUUGGUUGGUAAAAAUCAUCUCCGAAUAACAGCAGACUAUUAUAAGAACAAAGCAAGAGACAUUUCUAGUAAGCGAGACCACAAAAGGCAUCACAAAGGGAAGAGGGGCAGGAAGGAAAGAGAAAACACGGAUGCAAAUGAAAAACUGAGGCUUACCUGCCUUUCCAAUAGGGAGAAGAGAGGAAACUUGCAUGGAAGGAAGAUGAACCAGAAGGAAUUGGCACAGACAUCAAUAAAUACCUUGCAGUCGUUAUAUGACGGCUCCCCUGGAUAUUCUAAAGUGUUUAUAGACACUAACAGGUUUGAUAUAGGAGAUUUAGUCAAGGCAAGCAAAUUGCCUCAAAGAGCCAAUGACAGAUCUACGCAACACGCUCUCAAGCAAACUUCAAGAUCCAGAGACGAGACGUGCGAGAACAAUCCAUUUCCCAGGCUGACCAAUCCGAGAAGGCUGGAGCCUCCAAAAAUAUUAUCGCAAUGGAGCAACACCAUUCCAAAGACCUCUAUAUUUUACAGUACAGAUAUACUACAAGCCACGAUAAAGGAAUCGAAGAAGCGGAUGCAUCCGGACGGCCUACGAAAACCAUUGGGUUACAAUGGGGUGAAGAGAAGGCGAUACGGAAAUUAG